CAACGAUGAAUGAAUCUUCGAAUUGAUUGAUUGUUAAAAUCUACUUUACACGUUUUCGCGCAUUUAUCAAAUAUUUUCGCUUUACGUUGCCAUCACAAACAAGCAUUUUAAGUGUGCUUUGAGCUCGCUCCCAUCAUAUGUUAGUGCGCACGCGUUGGUGUGUAUGUGUAUGGAUUAGCUUUUGUUUUGUCAAACUUGCUUAAGUCAAUCAAACGCAACAGCAAGCAGCCACAACACCGCUACGAAAUUAAAAUCUGAAAAACUAUCGCGCACACAUAAUGGUUGCGGUAAUAUCAUCGUAGGCAGUGCAGCUAUUCAACGCCGAGGAGUCUGCAGCUGUGCACGAUCGGGUGUUACUGCUGCAAAUAUUGGUUUGUUUGGGUAGCGGUGCAAUUGAGCCAAGCCAAGGGCGCACUUACCAGGAAUAGCGCAGUGAACACUCUUUGUGUGAGCAUCCAUGAAAGUGAAUGAUGAAAGUGAUGCUGCUGACCUACCCAAAGUAUUUUGUUGUACUUUGUCUCGUUUUGUUCGUGGCAGCCGUCCACGGGCGGAUAGUGGCGGAUCACCCGGAUUCAAAUUCAUUGUCGACCGAGAGUUCCGUUACUACUCAUCAAGCGGUGGUGUCGCUCGAAGCAGAACAACACAACGCAACGAUUGAAAGCGUGGUUCAUCCUACCACAAGUUCGACAACCACAUCUACUGAAGCAACCACAUCCACGGCAUCAUCAUCCCCAUCAACAGAAUCGACCUCAACGACGGUGUCGACAACAACCACCACGACGAGUACGACAACAACCAGCAGCACAACAACGACUGCUUCAACAUCAACAACCACCGUCCCGACCACCACCACUACCCUGAUCCCUCCCACGAACGAGCUUGACUGCUACAAUGCAGCACCGGAGCUCUGCCGGAGUCGCACCGCCAGCGAGUGUGAAUGCAACCCGGACCCGUUGAUUCACGGGGCGCUUUUCUGCUGCAACGUGACCGACAUAAAAAAGGCGAUCGGAUGUGCUCCGAAUGCACCCGCCGAUGGGAAUGGGGGCAGUGCGUGGAAGUACAUCCACAUGCGCAACGUCACCGUCCGUGAGUUGGAGCUGAACGUAUCAAAUCGUUACACUAGGAUGCUGCUUUCGCUUUCGAUUACGGACGGGGCGAUCCAGAAGAUUAGCAGUUCUUUUGCGCGCUUCUCGUCACCGGUUUGUUUGAACGUCUCCAACAACAAUAUCAGCGAGAUUGAACCGAGAGCCUUCCGCGAGUUGAGACAGUUGACUACGCUGGACAUAUCCCACAACAAUUUAACUACGAUUCCGUCCAAAAUUUGGAAACUGCGGCUGGAUAUAAGAGGCAACAUCGGUAUGCUGUGCAAAUCGCUGUUGGAAUCGGUGAAGGAGGGGGACAAGUUUAUCGACCCGGAGGGGACAUUCUGUCUCACCAACCGUACCUUCAAUUGGUUCGAUUCAACGGACAGUAUUCCGGUGCACCAGCUUGUGCUUAGUCAGCGGGUGCAGGACGAUUGUCCUCAAGGCUGCACUUGUGAGUUGGAUCGGUUGAAAUUCGAUUUGAACAAUACUGAGAGAAAAAGAAUUACCGCUGGGGUCGAUUGCUCUGGACGUGGCCUCGUAGAUUUUCCCGAGACAUUGCCACAGGAUACGGUUACGCUUAAUAUUUCCAAUAAUAAUAUUACCAGCCUCAAAGCUUUGAUCGGUAAACCUUACCACUCGUUGGAACGUCUCUACGCCGACGACAAUCAAAUAACCACCCUGAGCGAUUUGGAGGGAACGGAUUUCAUCUCGCGGUUCACUUUCUUUUCGAUUCGUCGCAACAAGCUGAAGACGAUUCAAACCUACCAAUUCAAGUCCAAUCUGGACCUGGGUACGUACAUGUUUCUCGAGGGCAACCCAAUGACCUGCGACUGCAACGCGGCAAAGAAUCUGAAAAAUUGGCUGCUGAGCAAGAAGGCCCAGGUACUGGAUCACGAUCAGAUAUACUGCGAGGGAAACACCCACCUGCCGAAGAUGGUGCAAAUUCAGGAGAGCAAACUGUGCCAAUCGCAGCACGAUUGGACCGAUUACAUCUACUAUCUGAUCGCGACGGAGAUUAUCCUGCUCAUCGCACUAAUCUGUAAAGUAUCGUACGAUUAUUGGGUGUUCAAAACAGCUGGUUAUCUACCGUGGCCUGCGAACAAGAUGCCCAAAUUGCCGUGUGAUUGUUUAUGCGAAUGAUUCACAAAAUGGCCGGAAUUGGGGGUAAUCCGUCUCUCUCUCUAAGAGCUGUGUAUUCUAUAAAAUUUUUAAUCUGUGCCUCACAUGUAAAUGUCUGUGAUUGUGUAGAAUCAAUUAGAAUUUCGGAGAAUCUGUAGCACCGCUUGAAACGGGCUCAAGACUAUUUUUAAACAGAAGUCUAACGUUAACCAA